UCCAUAUUCAUCUCUCUUACAGACAGUGGCACAGCGAUAGUAGAUUUAUUCAAAUAUUAUUAAAAUAUUUAAAUGGAGCCCUUUCUUUCUCUCCCCUCCGCUCUCCCAGACACACUUCCCGGCGCGCUUUCCUUCCCCCGCCUCUGGGUCCCGCACCUUCCCCUACCCCCGCCUCCUGCCUUGUGACACAGCCCGGACCCUCCCAGGCGGCAGCCGCGGCUUCAACACUAGCCACCAGCUCCACGGAGCGAGGCCCGCGGCUCAGCCCUCGCCGGGCCCGCCGCUGCUGCAGUCAUGGCUGCUGAUGGGGUGGACGAACGCUCGCCACUACUGUCAGCAUCCCCCUCGGGAAGCGUCACUCCCACGGCCCCUCCGUACUUACAAGAAAGCAGCCCUAGAGCGGAACUCCCACCUCCAUAUACAGUCAUUGCCAGUCCAGAUGCCAGUGGUAUUCCAGUAAUAAACUGCCGAGUGUGCCAAUCUCUUAUCAAUUUGGAUGGCAAGCUUCAUCAGCACGUGGUUAAGUGCACAGUUUGCAAUGAAGCUACGCCAGUCAAAAACCCUCCAACAGGGAAGAAAUAUGUUAGAUGCCCUUGUAAUUGUCUCCUCAUUUGUAAGGACACAUCUCGGCGAAUAGGAUGUCCGAGACCCAACUGUAGACGCAUAAUUAACCUUGGCCCAGUAAUGCUUAUUUCUGAAGAACAACCAGCUCAACCUGCAUUGCCAGUCCAACCAGAAGGUACGAGGGUCUUGUGUGGGCACUGUGGAAACACAUUUCUGUGGAUGGAACUGAGGUUCAACACUUUGGCAAAAUGCUCACACUGCAAAAAAAUUUCCUUGGUGGGUAGUGCUCUUCCGCGAAGACGUUGCUGUGCAUAUAUUACCAUUGCAAUGAUAUGUAUUUUCACUGGAGUUGGAUUAACUGUUGGCAGCCAAGAUUUUGCAAGACGAUUUCAUGCAACCUAUGUUUCUUGGGCAGUUGCUUAUCUCUUAGGUUUGAUCUGCCUUAUCCGAGCUUGUUAUUGGGGAGCCAUAAGAGUGAGCUAUCCAGAACACAGUUUUCCAUAAGCUUGCUUAUGAUUUAGUGAGCGGGUAAUAGUAUCUAGCAGUUCUUGAUAAGCUACUCUGGACAUCCUUAAAUCAUUUAUCCUAAUGGAUUCCAUUCUUGUUUGUGUAUA